CAAUACUAUAACAAUUAUAAAACCAUGAUGGCCGACACUGCAACAAUACGUCAACAAUGUAAAAAAGCAUAAUGGCCGAUGGCAGCAACAAUUGGAAAAGUAUAAUGGCCGACAAUAGUAACAAUACGGUAACAAUGAAAAAAAUUAAUGGCCGACCAAUUACAAUAAGGUUAAAUAAUUGGGUAAGAGUUAUAUAAUAUUGGUUGAAAAUAAAAAUUGGUGCUGUACACCAUUUCAAAAGCUUCUAAUAUUAGUAUUGUGUUUCUUAUAUAACAAAAGUUUAAAACAAAAUGACAACAGUUUUAAUUGGUAGUGUCAGGUAGAGUAGUCUGAAAGUGUGGUUAUGGUCUAUGUUAAGCAUAGUUAAUUAUGGGAAAUCUCUAAUUUUUAAUUUUUUUGAAAAAUAUGUCGAGUACUUAUUGAAUUAUUGAAAAAUGAUUUACACUAUUUCGAAAACUAUAUUAGACGUUCAUAAAUAUGCGUUCACAGGGGUUUUAGUAAAGCCCUUCAGGAUAUGGAAACUUCAGUACUCUGAAAGAGCUGUAGAUGUGAAUACAAAGGUUGCAAAAGAUGUUAUUCUGUACAAGUAUGACAACCCAAAAUUUUAUAAAUAUUUAAACAUCUUUGCAAUAUGCCAGUUUGGAUUUUGGAAUUACUUGUCUGUUUUUGCACUUCAAACUUUAAGAGAUGCACCAGUUUCUCCUUCAGAAAAUGCAGCUUGGUGGGAAAAAAUUAAUUUAGGAGAAAAUAAAUAUAGAAAUACUUUAAGUGUCCUUGCAUUUACAAUUGGCUGGGGCAUUUUAACUGUUUCUUGGAUGUUUACGUUAAGGACUGUAAGGUACUUAGUUUUACAUAAAGGCGGAGAAAAGGCCACUAUCGUUACUUAUGGCCCGUUUGGAAAAAAUAGAAUGUUUACUUUAGACCUUAAUAAUAUUAAUUGUAAGGGAAGUCGUCAAACUACAAGUUCAACACUGCCUUUAAAAGUUAAAGGACAUUAUUUGCAUUAUAUGGUAGAUUCAAGAGGGGAAUUCCGUAAUCCAUCCCUAUUUGAUCACACAGUUGGCUUAAAAAGAUGGAUUUCAAUGGGAAUUGAAAUGUGACAUUGAAUCAAUUGACAGAUGAAAAAAUUAUUGACAUGUUUUAUACAAGAGAAAAAC